AUGCCCGUCCUUCGGAAUGGGGACCCCGCUUUGAGGGCCUACUUCCAGAAGUAUGCCAUCCCGGAUAUCUAUGAGGCCUUGUUAGGUGGUUUAUUAAUUAUGUGUCCAGAAGAUCCACUCAGAUUUUUAGAAGAAAAGAUCAAAGAAAUGAUGGAAAAAGGCUUAUAUGGUAUUAUAUGGAACAUGUGUAUCGAUCCAGAGUUAAGUCUGAAGUUGAGAGUCCUUUCUGACACAUAUUUACACACACUUUUAGGCCUUGAUGACGACCAGCUGAUGACGACAGAGUUAUGUGAUAGAGCAUGGGACUUCUAUAGCACUAAUCUUAAGAGAAAGUGCUUUGACACAUGGAUCCAAUAUUGUGAAGACAAGAAAACAGCUGAAGAACAACUACAGAAAAAAUUGGCAGCUGCAAGGCACUACUAUGACUGCAGACUCCUAAAAUUAGCAAUGAGGACAUGGUAUGAGUGGGUGAACACCCAGAAAGAAGUGCACAAACGGGCAACAAAACAGAUAGAAAAAAUCUUCAACAAAGCUUUGAAGAAAGUGGUGUUUAAGUCCUGGCAAAAAUAUAAUAUUCUAAGCAAAAAGCCUAAAAAAUCGGUUGAGCCUGUGUUGGAAUCCGAGGAAUUACUUUUCGUUCAACCAGAGAGAGAGGUCCGUGAGAGACGACAUUCGGAAAGACGUCGCUCGAGCGUCGCACCUAAACAUGUGCUUGAAGAGUUACCCACAUUCCACAUGAAAUCGGGGCGAGAAUAUGUUACAAAGAUACCGAUGCAACCAUUAGCCCAGGUUUUCCGGUAUUUAAACAUAGUGGACCUGGCUAGGUGUGCUCAGGUUUGCCAAACCUGGAAGGCUAUGACGCAAGUGGUUACCAUAUGGAGUAGUAUUGAUUUUUCCAAAGUGAAGGACGUUAUAAAUGAUAGUGUGGCACAACGCAUUUUGAGGAAGUGGCACACUAAUGUGGUGCAGCUGAGCCUUCAUGGGUGUGCUACAUUACACUGGCUUGCUUUUAAAUGUAUAGGUGGGUGUGUGAAUUUGCAAGAGUUAAAUGUUUCCAAAUAUCAAGGAUUAAAUGAUAAAUCAAUUAGAUUUGUGGCAGAAGGUUGUUCAGCUCUUCUUCACUUGGAUUUAUCUCACACGGACAUUUCAAAUGGAACCCUAGCGCUGCUGCCUAGGUAUUUUCCCAAUCUACAGUUUUUAAGCAUCGCGUACUGCAGAAAAUUCACAGACAAAGGGUUACACUACCUCGGCAAUGGGAGAGGAUGUCACAAGCUCCUGUAUCUGGAUCUUUCAGGCUGCCUCCAGAUAACAGUGGAAGGCUUCAGAAAUCUUGGUAACAGCUGCAGCAGGAUCCGGUACCUGACAAUUAACGAAAUGCCUACCUUUACCGACAGAUGCAUUCAAGCUUUGAUGCCAAAGUGCCAAUGGAUUGAGUCGGUUGAAUGCAAUGAAUCUCCACACUUGUCCGAUAUUGGUCUCAAAGCAUUCAACACCUGUCAGCUUGUUAAAAUGAAGAUUCAAGGGAGUAACCUGGUUACGGAUCUCAGUUUCAAAGUCAUAAGCAAAUUCUGGCCCCGAAUGAAUCACAUUUGUGUGACCAAUUGCAAGAAAAUAACAGAUGUAGCUGUCAAGUUAAUUGCACCGUUGGACAAUAUCAUUAUCCUCAAUCUAUCCGGCUGCCCAAGAAUCAGUGAUUCGGGAAUAAAAUCAUUUGUCGAUGGCCAUUCAGCUUCAAAAUUAAAAGAACUCAAUUUGGCUAAUUGUUCCUAUGUCUCCGACAUUGCCCUCGUGAAAAUAUCGGAAAGAUGCCCAAAUCUGAUUUAUUUGAAUUUGAAAAAUUGCCAACUUGUGACGGAUACUGGGUUUCAGGCUAUGACAGCAAUGGCUUCGUUAGCCUAUCUCAAUAUUUCACGAACGGGCAUCAGUGAUCAGGGCUUGGAGAGCCUUGGCAGGCAUUUCAAAAUUAAGGAGAUUAUUCUGUCGGAGUGUAGGCUGAUUUCUGAUACGGGAAUGAAGGUAUUGUGUACUGAAUUGAAAAAACUAGACUACCUUGAUUUGUCUUUCUGCCGGCACAUAUCAAAUUCUACAUUAAAAUAUUUGUCACUGAAUUGUCGCAAACUCACAUGUCUCAUUCUGAUGGGCUGUUUCAAGAUCAGUGAUGCAGGGAUUCAGUUAAUAGCUUCAGGCUGCAAUUUCCUACAUUACUUGGAUAUUUCCGGUUGCAAAAAUGUUACCGACAGAGCCCUAAAAAACCUGGCGAAAGGUUGCUUGCAGCUCCGAAUACUUAAGAUGUUGUACUGCAUAGGCAUUACCCGACCGGCUGUUUCAAGUUACGCGCCAAGGCUCCAGAAAUACGAAUAUAAUGAUGAUGAGCCGCCUUUAUGGUUUGGUACCGAGGUCAGUGGUGACGAACUGAUCAUGGCGAAGAAACUGAAAAAACGUCGGUAUAGCACUAUGGCCAUAGCGCGACCGAGCAUCCUAGGGUCUUUGGGAGAAAAAGACUUAGAACAAACCAAACUUCCUCUGAUUGAAACUAUAACAGAGCAAGCCGUGGAAGAAAGUUUGAUCUCGCCAGGAAGUCUGGCAGAAGAUCCCUAA